ACUACUGUGACCAUGCCGGCCGUUUCCAAGGGAGACGGGAUGCGGGGCCUGGCAGUAUUUAUCUCUGAUAUCCGAAACUGUAAGAGUAAAGAGGCUGAAAUUAAACGAAUUAACAAGGAGUUGGCCAAUAUCCGAUCCAAAUUCAAGGGAGAUAAAGCCUUGGAUGGUUACAGCAAGAAGAAAUAUGUCUGCAAGCUGCUUUUCAUCUUCCUGUUGGGCCAUGACAUCGACUUUGGGCACAUGGAGGCCGUCAACUUGCUCAGCUCCAACAAAUAUACAGAAAAACAAAUUGGCUACCUGUUCAUUUCCGUGCUGGUGAACUCCAACAGUGAGCUGAUCCGCCUCAUCAACAAUGCUAUCAAGAAUGACCUGUCAAGUCGCAAUCCCACCUUCAUAUGCCUGGCCCUGCAUUGCAUCGCCAAUGUUGGCAGCCGUGAAAUGGCAGAGGCCUUUGCUUCUGAGAUCCCCCGAAUCCUGGUGGCUGGUGAUACCAUGGACAGUGUGAAGCAGAGCGCUGCCCUCUGCCUCUUGCGCCUCUACAAGACUUCACCUGAUUUGGUACCCAUGGGAGAGUGGACAUCACGUGUGGUGCACCUUCUGAAUGACCAGCACAUGGGUGUGGUCACAGCUGCUGUUAGCCUCAUUGCUUGCCUCUGCAAGAAGAAUCCCGAUGACUUCAAGACAUGUGUCUCCCUGGCAGUAUCCAGGCUCAGCAGGAUUGUGUCUUCAGCCUCCACAGACCUCCAGGACUACACCUAUUACUUUGUGUCAGCCCCUUGGCUCUCAGUCAAGCUUCUGCGGCUGCUACAGUGUUACCCCCCCCCAGAAGAUGCAUCAGUGAAAGGACGCCUGGUCGAAUGCUUGGAGACUAUCCUCAACAAGGCUCAGGAACCUCCCAAGUCCAAGAAGGUCCAGCACUCCAAUGCCAAGAACGCUAUCCUUUUUGAAGCCAUCAGUCUCAUCAUCCACUAUGAUAGUGAACCCAACCUGCUGGUGCGUGCAUGCAAUCAACUAGGCCAGUUCCUGCAGCAUCGAGAGACCAACCUAAGAUACCUAGCCCUGGAGAGCAUGUGUACCCUAGCCAGCUCUGAAUUCUCACAUGAAGCUGUCAAAACCCACAUUGAAACUGUCAUCAAUGCUCUAAAGACGGAACGGGAUGUGAGUGUGCGCCAGCGAGCUGCUGACCUCCUCUAUGCCAUGUGUGACCGUACAAAUGCCAAGCAAAUAGUCUCGGAAAUGCUUAGCUAUCUGGAAACAGCAGAUUACUCAAUCCGUGAAGAGAUUGUGCUGAAGGUAGCCAUCUUAGCUGAGAAAUACGCAGUAGACUAUAGUUGGUAUGUGGAUACCAUCCUCAAUCUGAUCCGCAUUGCUGGUGACUAUGUGAGUGAGGAGGUGUGGUACCGUGUCAUCCAGAUUGUCAUUAACCGGGAUGAUGUGCAAGGUUAUGCAGCCAAGACAGUCUUUGAGGCUCUCCAGGCUCCUGCUUGUCAUGAGAACAUGGUGAAAGUUGGAGGCUAUAUCCUUGGGGAAUUUGGGAACCUCAUUGCUGGGGAUCCCCGUUCCAGUCCUCUGGUUCAAUUCAACCUCCUUCACUCCAAAUUUCACCUCUGCAGUGUUUCUACUCGGGCCCUACUUCUCUCCACCUACAUCAAAUUCAUAAAUCUCUUCCCUGAAACAAAGGGCACCAUCCAGGAAGUGCUGUGCUCGGACAGCCAGAUUCGCAAUGCUGAUGUGGAACUGCAGCAACGUGCCAUUGAAUACCUCAAGCUCAGCUCUAUUGCUAGCAUCGAUGUCCUGGCUACAGUACUGGAGGAGAUGCCACCAUUUCCUGAACGUGAAUCCUCCAUCUUGGCAAAACUCAAGAAAAAAAAGGGUCCUGGGGCUGGCAGCGAGUUAGAUGAUGGCAAGAAGGAUCCAAACUCUGAAAUCAAUGGAGGCAUGGAGCCCUCAGCCAGCACUGCUGUGAGUGUAGGGGAGAAGGACAAGGAUCACAAAAAGGAAUUUUCUCUGUCCCUUACUGUUUUCUUUCUCUUGCAGUCAACGCCGUCCCCAUCUGCCGACUUGUUAGGCCUCCGAGCCACACCAGUGACUGCAUCUGGUGUCCCUACCAGCACCAGCAACCUUCUGGUGGAUGUUUUCUCUGAAAGCCCCUCUACUGCAGCUGGCCUGGCUUCUGGUGCAGAAGAGAAUUUCCUAAGUGACUUGGAAGCAACUCCUGAGAAUCCUGCAUCACUAUUGAUGGAGGCUGGCCUGCCUGCAGAGUAA